CACUUUUGUCCUGUUUCUCCUCUGGUGUAAGGGAACAACAUGUACCCAGUGUUAGCAUCUCCUCUGCAGUGAAUGAACUGCUGUGUGCUGCGCUCUCUGCCCACUGCCACCACAAUCGGAAGCCUCACACCCUACAACAUGAAGCCUGCCGGAGCACCCAAACCCGGGAUUUUACCUCAUAUUGUUUGGAUAGUCUUGCUUGGAUUGUUUAGUUCAGGUGGAGUUGUGUCCGUCAACAUGACCAUCCCCUCCACCCUGAUCCGCUCCACCGUGGGAGGAGAGGCCCUGCUGUCCGUGCGCUACGUCAGCUCCAGCUUGGACUUGCCUGUCAUCAAAUGGACCCUGAAGAAGGAGAAGUCUGUCACUGUGGUGCAAUCCAUCGGCACGGACAUCAUCGGUACGCUCAGGCCAGAGUACAGGGAUCGCAUCCUGGUCUUUGAGAAUGGGACCCUGCUCCUUCAUAACCUGCGCCUGUCUGACGAUGGGACCUACUUCGUUGAGAUCUCCAUCACUGAUGACAUCUUUACCGGGGAGGGCAGCAUUACACUCACGGUGGAUGAGGUCAUAUCCAAACCAUUCGUCCACACAGAGUCCUCUUCGGUGUUGGAGCUAACCGAAAAUGUGCUCCUCAAUUGUUCCCAUAACAACGGAACCAAGGCUAACUACACAUGGCUGAAGGGCGGGAAGCAGUUGACCAAUGAGACGAGGUUUAUCCUGUCACCUGACCAGAAGUACCUGACCAUCAAACGGGUGCUGAUGAGUGAUGAUGACCUGUACAGCUGCGUGGUGCACAACCCAGUGGGCACAGAGACAAGCCUGCCUUUUAGACUGUCUGUGUACAGAAGAAGCUCUCUGUACAUUAUUCUGUCCACUGGAGGACUGUUUCUGCUCAUCACACUGGUCACAGUAUGUGCCUGUUGGACCCCACCACAAAAGUCUAAGAAGCCCUCCAGAAAGCCUUUGGACAGGUUAUAUGACUACUCAGACUGUCCGGUCAAUCACACAGGUGAAUUAUCUCCAAAAACGAGAACAGAGAGCACUAGGAAGCCUGCAGUAACGUCUCUUUAUGUACUACAACACAAGGUUCCCUCUGACGACUCUCACUCUGAAAACGGUGGACCUCCUCACUACAGCCCGUAUCCAACACGACCGCAGGCCAUCGUGAACCUGAGCCCAGUCACACCCCCAGCCCCGCGCUCCAUCCUCAAGUGUAGCUAACUGUCAUCAAAUAUGAAGGCAGUUAUCAUUUAAUACAGCAAGAUACUAUGCAUUAAAGGUGUACUGUGUCACUUUUCUGAUGGUAGGGCUGCCACCUGUUUGUCUCCUUUUGUUUUGUCUGAAAUGUUUAUUUAAGCACAGGUUUUUAUGGCUCAAAAAUACCUUAAAAUUGUUCAUUGUUACUAUGAAAGCAGUCACCAUUCCACAGAUCUGACAUACACAGUGCACCUUUAAAUACAGACAGUGGUACGAGGGUAGAUAGUAUGGUAACUGUUGUUGGAGUAGUUUUUGCACAACUUGUAGUAUUACUGUACAUUUCUUUAUUUAUUUGGCAAUACUUUCCACUAUAUGAAAAGCUCAAUAAGUGAUAGAAAACAUGCAUUUUUACUGUGAAAGAGGUCACAUCUCCACUGAUCUGACCUGUAACUUGGCACGGUGAGUGGCAAAGCAAUAUCAUCUCCACGCAGAUGUAGCCUAUUCGCCAUGAGAAAAGUUACAUAGUGCACCUUUAAUAAUAUAGAGUGGCAGGAGGUUUAGUUAGUAUGGUAACUGUUGGACUGAGUAGUUUUUGCACAUCACAUUGUGGCAGAUCUGAAAGCAUCUGACAGUAGUAUAUUCAAACUCUUUAAAGACUUUGUACAAUCACCAUCAUUAUGUGUCAUCCAUUUUCAAUUUAAUUAAUUUAUUCAGUUAUACUUUUUACUGUGAAAAACUAACAAAGACUUAGUGACUAACCUUUUAAUGUGUCCUUGUAUAUAUUGUACAUAUCAUUUUUGGUGAAUUUUUUGUUGUUGUUGUCAUUUCAGAGGUUAUACAUGUUUGCAAAAUGUCUGUUAUUUUUUUGGCAGUGAACUAAUUUUGUGAUUGGGUUUUAAUAUAAAUAGUUGGAUGUAUUGUUGUGGUAUUAGUUAACUUAAUAAAUAUGUGAAACU